AUGAACCACUGGACGGCCGGCUGGAUCGACUGGAACCUGGCGCUGAACCUGCAGGGCGGCCCCACCUGGGCCAAGAACUGGGUGGACGCGCCGAUCAUCGUGGACGCCAGCAAGGGCGAGUUCUACCUCAACCCGACGUACUACGCGCUGGCGCACGUCUCCAAGUUCGUGCGCAGGGACUCGGUGCGCGUCGAGCUGCACCACCACGGCGGCGGCCUGCUGGAGGCCAAGGUGGACAGCAUCGCCUUCGAGCGGCCCGACGGCGCGCUGGUCGUCGUGCUCAUCAACAAGCACAACAGCGAGCACAGCGUCAGCAUCCAGGAGGGCGACCGCGGCCAGGUCGACGUGCACGUCCCCGCCAGGUCCUUCGUCACGGUCAUCUACUGGUAG